GCGGUCUGGCUGCUUUGGAAGUAGAAUCGAUAGUUAAAGGAAGCAGACGGGGGGACGGUUUUUGUCAGCCUCUGUGGACGGUGAAGCAUAACCCUACACCAGCCACGUUUUUGAGCCACUUUGGUUUCCGCAGUUUGGUUGACUGUUAAUUCACCUCGACCUGAGAGGUUGACAGACAGAAACCGCCACUGGUGUUUGAAGACAGGCUUCCAGCCAUGUCUGCUGUGGUGGAUCUGAAGACGAAGGAGGAGAAGGAUGCAGAGUUGGACAGACGGAUUGAGGCUCUGCGGAAAAAGAAUGAGGCUUUAGUGAGGAGAUACCAGGAAAUAGAAGAGGACAAAAAGAAGGCUGAACAGGAGGGCAUCGCUGUGACAACAACCCGCAAACCCCGCUCUCAUGAGUCUGAUUCAGAACGACGGAAGAUUGAGAAAGAAAAUUUAACUGUGACAGUUGACCUGUCCAAACCUAGUGGGGAGAAGCGAGUUGUGAAUGACAGGAAAUCAGGGUCUCACCGUGGUGAUCAUGGCCCAGAAGAGGGAGACGGAGGGCAGCCGCAUGGUGAGAGUCCUCCUCGCAAGACUGGGUCAGGCCGGCUUAACAGAGGCGGGCAGCGUGGGGGAAGUCAGCGCUCUGAAAGGAGAGAACCACGACCAGAUAAAGGAGACCUGCGAACUGACAGACCACCAUGGGAGGGGGAAGGGGGAGAAGGCCGCCCACGAGGUGGACGAAGAGGAGGAAGAGGAGGGUCUCAACAAGGCGGCUCUGACAGAAAGUCCAAGGAAUGGGAGGAGAAAAGGAGGCAGAACAUUGAAAAGAUGAACGAGGAGAUGGAGAAGAUUGCUGAGUAUGAGAGAGGUCAAAGGAAUGAUGGAGAGAAGAACCCCACUCGGAACUUCCUGGAUGAUCCUCGACGCAGUGGGCCAAUCCCUGAGACGGAUCGCAAAGAGGGAAGUCGCAGACAUGUGCGCAACUGGGGUGGACUGGACUUCGAUAAUGUGAAGACUGGGGCAGAGGUGCAGAAAGAGUGGACGAAUCAGAGGCCUGGAGGAAAAGGCUCGAUGGAUAUGACUCUGUCUAUGACGGGGCGAGAGCGGGCGGAGUACCUGCGCUGGAAAAAGGAGCGUGAGCAGAUAGAUGAGGAGAGACUGGCCCGCCAUCGCAACGCUACUGGCCAGUGGAGACGAGAGUGGGAUGCCCAGAAAACAGACACAAUGUUCAACGAGGACCCAGCUGUGGUUGGAGAGGGCAUGCCAGAACCAAGCAGCAGGAGAGCAGCUAGGGGGCGUAAUGCCCGUGCACAGCAGCGCAGUGGGGCUUCAGAGGACAGCAAGAAGCCCCCCAAGGCGCCCACGUUUGGAGACUUUUUGGGACAGGAUAAACCACGAGAGAGAAACCGUGGAGGCCGUGGAAGAGGGAAAGGUCGAGGUCAGGCCAAGAGCUACAGUAUGCAUGAUAACCGAUGGGAAGCAGAGAAAGAGGAGGAAAAGGGAAAAAAGGAAGAGCUGGAGAAAGAGAAGAAGGAAGAGGACAAGCCAAAAACACCAUCAGAAAAACAGCCUGCAAAUGCUGUGGACAAACCAGUCUGUGGAGGUGCAGCUGAGGAUGACGAUGAUGAGUGGGAGGAUGCCAGUGAUGGAGAGGAAGGUGAUGAAGGGGAGGCGGGAGAAAAGCGUCAGGAUAAAGAGAAAGGUGCUCAGAAAGACUCUAAACCCACAGAAAAGGCAGCUGGCUCUUCUGGUCCCUCCACUCCCAGUCCUAAAGAACAACGGACUUCCAGGCUGAAAGUGCAAAUCCCAUCUCCCCAAGAGACCCUCAGCACCCCUGAGGCCACAAAGCCCCUCAGCCCCUUUUCCCCACUGGAGAGCCACCAGCCUGUAUCAGACUGGGGGGAAGAGAUGGAGAUGCAGUCUCCUAAAAGCAGCCUGGGUGAGAGCCCCCUGAGGCCUAGCAGUAAUGACAGCAGUCCAGCCCAGAACAAGAGCCAAGAGAAGGAGCACGUCAGUGAUGCCACAAGCCAACCUGAAGAGUCAAACAAACAGGAUGACGCACAGCCUGUGAUAGAGUCAGCUGCUCCUAUGGUCGAGGAGGAAUCGGCAUCAUCUGAGCCUGCUACACAAGCUGCUGACUCCACCAGCAGCAGCAAGGAGCCCAGUGUGCUACCUGCCCAGGACUCGGCCACAGAGAAGGAGGAGAGUGCAGCCCCUACUAUAGAGCCUGAACAGAAGCAGUCUGGGAGUGAGGCUGCGGUAGAUGCUGUUGAGGAGUCCUUGGAUCAGCCGUGCUCAGGCUAAGGAGUAAUUGCAGUAGCUGAAAUGUUCAGUGCUAGGGAUCUUCAGAGAGAGAAAAUGGGUAAGCAGUGGUGAGAAGAUACUUCAGGCCUAAUGGAUAAAACAAGGAGGAUGGAGGGAGCUUGGCUGACGUCUAAUCUCCAUUUCCCGACAACCCACUUUAUGGUUUUAUGUUCCCUCAGUCAGCUCUCAAGAAGCUAUGCUACAUCUCUAUCAUGUUGCAAAGUCUAAGACUGGAUUUUAUAUUGGACUUGGUAUUUAAACUAUGAUUCAAUUUACACUGUUUUUAAGAUAAAUAAAUUGCAUUAUUAAUAAUUAUAAAUAAAUCUUGACCCCUCUACCUUAAAUACUAUUAUAAACACUAGCCUCUGUGCAUGACACUUGUACAGAUGCUGUCCUAAUCACAAAGUAACAACUUCUCUAUAAUGGCUUCAGCUGCUUUGACUUUAUGCUGCUUUGGUCCUCAAGGGAGUCUAAAAGCUAUUAUGAUUCAGUUUAUGUACGAUUCCUAUGCAAUCAAUGGGGACAAGGGCAUUAGGAUUGUCAAAGCUGCUUGCAAAAAUCUGGAUUUAUAUAGAUGGCUUGUUUCAGAUUUAAUUUGCAUGAAAAACCAGGUGCUAGAUAUACACUCAUUUAUAAUGCAUUUACAAAUGAUGGCCCAGACUGUAUAUGUAUGUAAUCCGACCAAAGAACAUGGUUUUUCAUAAAUGGCUUGGUAGAUCAAAGCAUGUAACAUUGAACAUUUGAGGCAGCAAAGGUGUACAUCAAUACAAGUGACUCUGGUUUGAUUUUUUAGCUUUUUAUUAUUAUUUUUUUAAACUCACAAUCUCCAUUUUUGUCUGGGAAUUUUUAAUGAAGUGAAAGCAGGGUGUUUUGGCUUAUUGAAGCUGGUUUAGUAGUGUUUUUUUCCCACCUUUCAGCAAAUAAGGAUUGCAAUAUGUUUAGGUUUUAACAGUGACAUAACAUUCCAGUGCUUUGUGUGAUUGCCUACCUUUCUCUUCACUGUUUGCUUUGGGAAACCUCAUCUUUUUCCAAAAGAAAACAAAAGUUAAUGGAGCGGCAAAAAUCUUGACAUUUGUGAUUGUAUUGUGUCUGUAGCAUCUACCUGCAGAUGGACUGUCUUCCUAUUUGAGGUAGAGUUGUACUUUAUAAUUAGACCCAGCUUUGCCUCUCAUGAAAGGUGCACUUAGUUUUUUAGCAUUGCCCAUGCAGUACUAUGACAAUGAAGUGUUUGUAAAGUUUAUCCAUCGGUGUUCUUGUGAAACACUUUUACAUCUAGAUCAGUAAUUUUUAGCAAGUUUAUUGAGAACUUUUUUGGUUGUUUUUGCCCCUCACUUUUUAAUGUAAAUGAUGUAGUGAAUCAAGGUCUUUACUUUGUUAUUUACUUUAAAAUGUCAUAUCAAAUAAAUGUAAAUUUUUUGCCUUAAAUAUAUAUAUUUUUUGUGACUGUG